AUGGAUGGUACAAAUGAAGAUAUUGCCAUUGUUGGAAUUGGAUGCAAUUUCCCUGGUGGGGAGGGGCUUGAUUCUUUCUGGAACGUUCUGUUGGAAGGAAGGAACUGUGCUGUUGACAUCCCAGACGAGAGGUUUGACAGCACGUACUGGUAUGAUCCUGAUCACAGCAAACCUGGGAAAACACAGACAACCAAAGCCGCUCUCAUAGACGGGUUCAAUGAGUUUGAUCACAAGUUCUUUGGCAUCUCGGAAGCUGAAGCAAACUUCAUGGACCCGCAGCACAAACUGUUGCUCCAAUGUGCAUACAGAGCACUCGAGGAUGCUGGGAUACCAAUGGAGAAAAUCAGUGGCACCAGAACAGGGGUUUAUAUAGGUCUGAUGAACAGGGAUUAUGAAACCCUGUUGAACAACAGUCCUGGCACCAUCACCCAUUACAAUGGCACAGGCACAGCUAUGAGUGUGGCAGCCAACAGGAUAUCCUUCGUUUUCAAUCUCACUGGCCCAUCGUUUGCUAUUGAUAGUGCCUGUUCCUCAUCUCUUGUGGCUCUGCAUUCAGCCUGCCUGGCAAUAAAACAAGGUGACUGUGAGAUGGCUCUGUGCGGGGGCGUCAGCUGUAUUCUGGAGCCCAGAGUCUUUGUCGCUCUCAGCAAAGCAAAGAUGAUCUCACCUGACGGCACCAGCAAACCUUUCUCCAGCAGAGCAGAUGGCUACGGCAGAGGAGAGGGGUGUGGGAUUGUUUUACUGAAGCCUCUGAAAAAUGCACUGAGGGACUUUGAUAAAGUGUGGGGCAUCAUCAGCAGAACUGCCGUCAACCAAGAUGGCCGCUCGGUCACUCCAAUCACCAAGCCAUCCAUGGUCCAACAGGAGGCGCUGCUGCGCACAAUCUACUCUGCGUCUGACCUGUCCAAUGUCCAGUACAUCGAGGCACAUGGGACUGGAACCCCAGUUGGGGACCCUAUAGAGGCAGGGACCAUCUCCAAAGUCAUCGCCACAGCCAGACCUCCUGGCUCAGACACACUCCGCAUCGGCUCUGUGAAGGGCAACAUCGGCCACACAGAAUCUGCAGCCGGAGUCGCAGGGCUGAUCAAGGUACUUUUGAUGAUGAAGAAUGAAACCAUAGUACCUUCUGUCUUCUAUUCCGAGGACAGUGCCAGUAUCGACGCCAAAGAUCUCAACAUACGCAUCACCACCACAGCUGAGAAGUGGGAAGUGACAGGUUCCACUGACAGACUGGCAGGUGUCAACAGCUUUGGGUUUGGAGGCACAAACGCACAUGCUGUGGUGAAAGAGUACAGGCAGGUUACGGUCCCUAGGCUAACCACUCAUUCUUGCCGAAACGUGUUUGUGUUGUCUGCAGCCUCGGAAAAGUCCUUAGUGAUGUGUAUGAACGACACGCGUCAGAGACUGAACAGAAACAAAACGACUGACAUACAAGCGUUAGCCUUUAGCUCAGCGUGUCGCAGGAGCCUUUUGAGACACAAGUACAGGAAAGCAUUCCUCACACACUCCGUCUCCGACUUAGAGAACCAACUGAAGUCUUUCAACAACAAGAAGGUUGAGCAGUCCAAGUCAGACAUUAGAUUGGUUUUCGUGUUCUGUGGAAACGGGGUCACUUACAGGGGCAUGUGCAAGCAGCUUCUCAAUGAGGAGCCUGUUUUCAGAGACAAGGUCCGAGAAAUCGAGAAUGUUUUCCUCAACUACAGAAGUACUAGGAUCGUACAAAAGAUAGCAGAGGGUUAUGACAACGAUGAUUAUACCAAGCCGGAGGCUGUCCAGCCUCUGCUCUUCGCCGUUCAGGUUGGCAUCGUCAGUCUCCUGAAGCACUGGGGCGUCCAACCUGAUGCUGUUCUUGGGCACUCUGUUGGAGAGGUUGCUGCCGCCCACUGUUCUGGCCUCUUGUCUCUUGAGGAUGCUGUGAAGGUGAUUUAUCACCGCAGUACUCUGCAGAGCAAAGUCACUGGAGGGAAAAUGCUUGUGGUCAGCAACGUUGCCGUGUCGGACAUCUUGAAUGUCCUCCCAGUUUACUCUGGGAAGAUUUGCGUCGCUGCUUAUAACAGUCCGCUGUCCUGCACUCUCUCAGGAGAUGCAGAUGCUAUCAACAGUCUCCGUCAGAAGCUGGAAACUCUCUUCACAGGCAAAAACCUGUUUCUUCAUGUACUAGAUGUACCUGCUGCAUACCACAGCCAUAUGAUGGAGCCCAUUGUGGACCAAGUAAAUGACAGUAUUGGCUCUUUGACUGCAAACAAGAUGGAGUGUGAACUGUUUUCGACAGUGACGGGUGAAAUGUGUUCUGAUGGAGAUUUCAUCACAGGGAGAUACUGGGCACAGAAUAUCAGAGAACCAGUUUCUUUCGAACAAACGCUCAGAGCAGCAACCAAAGACCACCAGGCAAAGAAGAGUAUUGUCUUUGUGGAGAUAGGUCCUCGAAGGGCUCUCCAAAGGAACAUUCAAGAGACUUUAGGAAACAACAUCACAGUUUUCUCCUCUGCGCAGCCAGAGAAAGAUCACGAGACAAUACUGGAAACAGUCUCCAAACUGUUUGAGCUGGGAAUAGGGAUCAACUGGCACCAGUUCUAUGCAGGGUGUGAGACACCACCAACAUCCUUCCCAAGGUACCAAUUUGAUAAUCAUAGAAAUGAGGUGUGUUUUGAGGCUGUAAGACAAGGAAAUGAGAUGGCUGCUUCGUCUAACCAUCCCCUGAUUUCCAAAUCAAAGCACGACAACAAGGAGCACAAAUGCAUCAUCUCAUCCCACACCAUGCCGUAUCUCUGGGAGCACAAGAACAAUGGUGUUUCCAUUGUUCCAGGGGCUUUGUAUGUGGAACUGGCCUAUGCCUCAAUCACGUCUAGUUCAAGGCCAAAGAUGCCUAUUUCCUCAAUCGAGCUCAGUGUCACUUUUCAAAGUUUGUUUACUCUCAGUACAAACUCUCAUCACAUGAAGGUAAUACUGGAGCAUGCUGGGAAUGACACCAUGUUUAAGAUACAGUCUUCCACAGCAACACAUGCAUCGGGCACAAUGACCAUUCAAAACGGUCAAACAUUGAUUGAAGAACAAACCCUUUGCCUUGAUGCUAUCUUCGAUAGAUGCCCAUCAGUUAGAAAGGGGGAUGAGGUGUACUCCAUCCUCAACCACGCAGGCUUCGAGUAUGGUCCUGUUUUCCGACAGCUAGAUGAAGUAUACUUCGGAGAUGAAUUCAAGGAGGCUGUGUCUGUCAUUAGAGUCCCAGGUGAAUUGUUGAACCAGCUUCAUGAGUACUUUCUACAUCCUGUAGUGUUGGAUUAUUUCCUCCAAAUGACUGCUGUGGUUGCUAUUGGAGGAUUAAGUGUGAGGCCAGGAUUGCCAUCUGGGAUUGGCAGUGUGGUGAUCUCUAGACCCCUGCAAGAGGAGAUGGUUCUGUAUUUGAGAGCUACCAAAAUGAUGUCAGACCACAUAGAUGUUUGUGGGUGCUUUUCUUCUAAAGAAGGACAUGUUUUAGUAGAGCUCAAACAAGUUCGGAUUUUCUUUUUGGGUGAUUGCUCUCAAGUGGCCGAGUCUUUCUUCUUUCACACUGAACUUCACCAUCAUCCACCAACGUCCAUUUCCGACGAUUUCCUUUUAAGCUGCCGACCAAAGGCUUUAGUUUUUGAGGAUACACUAGGAAUUACUAAAGCAUUGAGACCAUUUCUAAACCAGGAAUCAACAUAUGUCUCUAACAGGGAACUUUGGUUGUGCUCACAACUUACAGAUUUGGUGUCUCAAUCUCUUCAUGGUGAUUCUUGCUUUGAGGAGGUCCUUUUUGUUUGGGGAAUCGAAGAUCUCAGUCAUCUGACAACCGAGAAGGCGUUAGAUAGCUUGGUGGACUGCUGUGAACACUUUCGCCAGAUUGUGGUAGCUUUAAAAGACACCAAACGCACCUGUAACAUCCGAGUCAUAACCUACCGAUCGGCGGAGAAGACGGUGGAUCAUGUCAGCUGUGGGUUUGUGCUUUCUGGGAUGACGAGAGCGUGUGCAGCUGAGAUGCCAGGACUCUCGUUUCAGUUGAUUGACCUGGCCUCAGUGACAUGUGAAGAUAUCCAGGCCCUAGUUCAGGUCAUACACACCUGCAGGGAUCCAGAGGUCAUGAUCGACAGAGGUCAGAUAAGUUCAACAACGAUCGUGCGCACGCCCUUAACAGGCAUCGUCUGCCCAGAACAGCGCGUCCGCUGUUGGGAUUUUGAGCAAUUCGUUCUUCAAACCAGUGACCCUUAUCGAGUAGAUAACUUGUCUGCUGUGACCUGUGACAAAAAGGGUACCCUUCUACAGGACAAAUCUGUUGAGAUUCAGCUCCUACGAAUGUGUGUUCAUUCUUCAGACUACUGCCCUGUGACUGUUUCAGACAUGAACUUUGGCCAGACACUCUACUGGAACAAACAUUCUUCUCUGACACACAAUGUCCUGGCUCUAGACUUCGGCGGUAUUGUCACAGCUAUAGGGAAGGGUGUGAGUAAACUGAAAGUGGGCGAUCAUGUUGCCUCUUGUUAUCCUGUGACAGCCACUUCCAAGAUAGUAGUUCCAGAGGCGGCAUGCUACAACACAAAGAUGCUUUCGUUUCUGAGGGAUAUUCCGUGCUUGUCCUACUUUGUGCUGGCAUGGGAGAUCAUGCACAGAUUGUUGCCCAAGGUAAAGAAAUCGAGAGCAUUGGCCAUCGUCUCCUCAGCUCCUAAUUCGGCUCUGAUGGCGGUUUUAAGCCAGACGGCAAACAGGUCAGGAUGGAAAACAAUCCUUCUGUCUCAGUUUAGUGAAGAGCUCCUGAACAGCGACCACGAUUACACGUUUGUGGCUCUGCCUCCGGUUGAUCUGUCCCCACUAGUGAGAAUAGGAUGCAGUGCCAUGUUGAAACAGGUUGUUGUCAUUUGUGAUAACCACAUGUCGGCAAACAUCGCCGCACCAGAGAGUGAACAUGUACACAUUCAAAGAUGUCAUGUGUCAAGUGUUUUCCAGAGAGCAAACCUGAAGACACAGAAAGUGAAGAUAAGCCAAUGGCUGCAGUCACUUCAUUUAGAUAGUUUAUCUCUGUCCCUGCAAAGCACCGCCUUUCAAUCGACUGGACAGAGAGUGGCCCAGACCACAACUGAAACACAGUCCUACUUCAGCGUAAGCACUAUACCUCAAGUGGUUUUGGAGAAUAGGGAAGUAUCUGAAAAUACAGAAUGCAAUAUCCCUUUGAUAAAGAGGCCAAGGUCCCUCUUCAAGCACAGUUGUGUGUAUAUUGUUACAGGAGGGCUUUCAGGGUUAGGCUUUGAGACGGUCAAGUUCAUUGCUCACAGGGGAGGUGACUGCAUCGUCACGCUCUCCAGGAGAACUCCGUCUGCCGAGACACAGGGAGAGAUGGACACUCUCCAGAAGACGUGCAAGGUGUCGAUUCUGAACGUUCAAUGCGACGUUUCAAUGCCCUGUCAGGUUGUGAAGGCCAUCACGAGGAUUGGACAACGGUUUCCCUCUUGUCCAAUCAAAGGAGUGUUUCACAGUGCAGCCGUGUUGCAGGAUGCUCUGAUUGAAAGCCUCGACCGUUCGUCGUUCCGGAACGUCCUGUGCCCCAAAGUGAGUGGGGCAUUGAAUCUUCACUAUGUGACCCUGCACAACAAACUCGACUUCUUUGUGUGUUACUCGUCCAUCUCCUCCUUCAUUGGGAAUACCUCGCAGUCUAACUACGCUGCAGCGAACGCGUUCUUGGACACAUUCUGUCACUACCGAAGAAACCUUGGACUCGCUGGUCAGUCCAUCAACUGGGGUCCCUUAAACCUCGGUCUCUUGUUGAACAAAAACCAUUUCCAGAGGUUUCUAGAGGCAAAGGGGAUGAUGACUAUGGAUGUGUGUGAAGCCCAUGAGGCGCUGGAAAAGUGUUUGUUGUUGAAUAACCCACAGCAAGCCAUCUGCAAGUUCCACUUCAGAAAUUUGAGCAAUCAUGUCCUCUCCCAAAACGCAUCCCUCAAAACGCGACUGUCAGGUUUGGUUGAAAGAGAACUUCAGAACACAACCGUGACAGAAUCUAGGGUUCAGCAACCGUCCUCCACACCAGAGAGUGUCAGGACUCUGAUCAGUGAGAUAAGCAACAUCAGCGUGGAAGAACUAAAAGACGACGCCACACUGUGUGAACUCGGGAUUGACUCAAUGUUGGCCAUGACUCUGCAGAAUCAAAUUUUUCAAGAGACUGGUGUGAACGUUCCUCUGGUUCAUUUACUAGAUCCUAACAGCACACUGGCCACGCUCUACACAAUUCUAAGGGAGGCUAAGUAG